UGGUGUGAGGGAAGACCAGAAGGAUCAGCUCUGGGCCUCGGGUCUGGAGGAGUGGGGGCUGGAGGAUUCAGGGCCAGAGAGCCAGAGGGGCCCAGUGGGCGGGACCCAAGGUCUGAGAGGCCGAGAGGGGCGCGGUCGCCGCGGGGCCAAACGAGGGAGAAGUCGCGUUACGUGGGAGGGGAUCCACCGGCCCUGAACUCUCAUUCCCUGCUCCGCGGCCUCUAGCCUCAUGGCGGUCCGAGCGUCGUUCGAGAACAACUGUGAGAUCGGCUGCUUUGCCAAACUCACCAACACCUACUGCCUGGUUGCCAUCGGAGGGUCAGAGAACUUCUACAGUGUGUUCGAGGGCGAGCUCGCAGAUACCAUUCCCGUAGUGCACGCGUCCAUCGCCGGCUGCCGCAUCAUCGGGCGCAUGUGUGUGGGGAACAGGCAUGGUCUCCUGGUGCCCAACAACACCACCGAUCAGGAGCUGCAACAUAUUCGCAACUGCCUCCCAGACUCAGUGCAGAUCCGGCGGGUAGAGGAGCGGCUCUCAGCCUUGGGCAACGUCACAACCUGCAAUGACUAUGUGGCCUUGGUCCACCCAGACCUGGACAGGGAGACAGAAGAAAUCUUGGCUGAUGUGCUCAAAGUGGAAGUCUUCAGACAGACAGUGGCUGACCAAGUACUAGUAGGAAGCUACUGUGUCUUUAGCAAUCAAGGAGGGUUGGUGCACCCUAAAACUUCAAUUGAAGACCAGGAUGAGCUUUCUUCUCUUCUUCAGGUCCCCCUUGUGGCAGGCACUGUGAACCGAGGCAGUGACGUGAUUGCUGCUGGGAUGGUAGUGAAUGACUGGUGUGCCUUCUGUGGCCUGGACACAACCAGCACAGAACUGUCGGUGGUGGAGAGCGUCUUCAAGCUAAAUGAAGCCCAGCCUAGCACCAUAGCCACCAGCAUGCGGGAUUCCCUCAUUGACAGCCUCACCUGAGUCACCUUCAGUGUUCUGUGGGCUCCUGGCUCUGGACUUUGGCUCCCUCUCCAUGCCCCACCCAGUCUGUACCAGAUGCUGACAGGGAGGUGGCAGAGAGCUCAUUGGAACUUAGUGGCUGCACAUCCAGGCCCUUUUUACCUGUGCCAAAAUCCCGAAUCCAUCAUUGCUUCAAAAACCUGUUAUGUUUUGCUGGCUGUCAGGCCCUGUGGCUCCUGGCUGAGGGUUCUGCUGUCUUGUACCACCUCAUUAAAGCACAGCUGCCUCUGGCCA